GAGCCGCUGCUGGAGGGGGAGUAUGUGAAGCACAACGACAACUACGGAGAGAUCGGGACGGAGGAGGCCGUCCCCCAGGCCUUCAGCCACUUCACGUGGGACGCGAGUGACAAGAGGAUCCUCAUUUGCGACAUCCAGGGUGUGGGGAACUACUGGACGGACCCUCAGAUCCAUAGCGUCGACCCGUCGCAGGAGGACAUCUUCGGCAAGGGAAACUUCGGGCUGGACGGAGUCAAGCAGUUCUUUCACACCCACCGCUGUAACUCGCUCUGCCUCGAGCUCGGGCUGUCA